AUGUCAGCCAGCGACAAGAACGGGGGCAGCCGCUCCAGCAGCAGCAGCCGCCUGCAGAGCAAGAAACCCCCAAACCUCUCCAUCAUCAUCCCCCCCCGGGACACAGAGGAGGAUGGUGCCCACAAGGAGCCCUCCAAGGUCCCCAUCUACCGGAAGAGCAAGAGCCUGCAGGAGCCCCGCUCGGAGCGCCGCCCCGGCUUCCAGCGCCAGACUUCCCUGUCCCAGAGCAUCCGCAAGGGCACGGCGCAGUGGUUCGGCAUCAGCAGCGACUGGGAGGGCAAGCGGCAGCAGUGGCAGCGCAAGAGCCUGCAGCACUGCAGCAUGAGGUACGGCAAGCUGAAGCCUGCCUAUCGCGACAUGGAGCUGCCCAGCCAGGAGGCCCCCUCCUUCCAAGGCACCGAGUCACCCAAGCCCACCAAGAUGCCCAAGAUCGUGGACCCGCUGGCCAGGGGCCGACCCUUCCGCCAUCCCGACGAGGCCGACCGUCCCCACACGCCCCACCACGUCCUGCCCCCACUCACCCCUGGUGUCAUCUCCUUGGCAUCCUUCAACAGCAUCCGCUCGGGCUACGGCCGCCUGCCGCGCAGGAAGAGGGAGUCUGUCGCCCACAUGAGCUUCAAGGCAGCUGCAGCCCUUCUCCGCGGACGCUCUGUCCUGGAGCCACUGGCUCCCAAGCAGAGGAGCAACAAGAGGAGCUUCGUGUACCCCAGCUCCAUGGAUGACGACGUCGUGGAUGCUGCUGAUACCCUGGACUCGUCCUUCUUCAGUAAGGCAAGCACAUAUUCCAUGCCUGAUGAUGUCUUUGAGUCACCACCUCUAUCAGCCACGUAUUUACGCAUGCACCCAGUGGGGGAGGAUGCCAGGCUGUCUCCUGAGGGCACCCGGCUGCCCUCGGCCCCCGGCGGCCCGGCCACGCGGCGGGGCAGGCGCAUCGCGUCCAAGGUCAAGCACUUCGCCUUCGACCGCAAGAAACGCUACUACGGGCUGGGGGUGGUGGGCAAGUGGCUGAACAGGACGUACCGUCGCAGCCUCAGCAGCAUUGUGCAGUCCCAGCUGGAGAUCACCGACAGCCACCGGCCAUAUUUCACCUACUGGAUCACCUUUGUCCACAUCCUCAUCACCUUGCUGGUCAUCGGCACCUACGGCAUCGCCCCCAUCGGCUUCGCCCAGCACGUGACGACAGAGUUAGUGCUGAGGAACAAGGGUGUCUAUGAGAGUGUCAAGUACAUCCAGCAGGAAAACUUCUGGAUUGGGCCCAGUUCGAUCGACCUGAUCCACCUGGGAGCCAAGUUCUCCCCCUGCAUCCGGAAGGACAGGCAGGUGGAGAGGCUGAUCCACCGGGAGCGGGCCCGGGAGCGCGGCUCCGGCUGCUGCGUCCAGAACGACAACUCCGGCUGCAUCCAGACCCUGCCGCAGGACUGCUCGGAGACGCUGGCGACGUUCAUCAAGUGGCCGGGCAGCAACGCGCCCGCCCUGGGCGCGGGUGGGAAGCGGACAUCGGGGGCCGUGUGUCACCAGGACCCCAGGUAGGAGGGGUGGCAUGUGUGGCCAGAGGACAGCACCAGGUGGCCGAUCUGCACCUACGAGACCAAAACCAACCACACGGGCUUGGCCCACAUGGACUGCGAGGUCAAGGGCAGGCCCUGCUGCAUCGGCACCAAGGGCAGCUGCGAGAUCACCACCCGGGAAUACUGCGAGUUCAUGCACGGAUACUUCCAUGAGGAGGCAACGCUCUGCUCGCAGGUGCACUGCCUGGACGAGGUCUGUGGCCUCCUGCCAUUCCUCAACCCAGAGGUCCCUGACCAGUUCUACCGCCUGUGGCUGUCCCUGUUCCUGCAUGCUGGCAUCAUCCACUGCCUGGUGUCGGUGACUUUCCAGAUGACAGUUCUGAGGGACCUGGAGAAGCUGGCAGGCUGGCAUCGCAUCUCCAUCAUUUUCAUCCUCAGUGGCAUCACGGGCAAUCUGGCCAGUGCCAUCUUCCUGCCCUACAGGGGGGAAGUGGGCCCCGCUGGGUCCCAGUUCGGCUUGCUGGCCUGCCUCUUUGUGGAGCUCUUCCAGAGCUGGCAAGUACUGGAAAAACCCUGGAAAGCCUUCCUCAACCUCUUCGGCAUCGUCCUCUUCCUCUUCAUCUGUGGCCUCUUGCCGUGGAUCGAUAACAUCGCUCACCUCUUCGGCUUCCUCAGCGGCCUCCUCCUCUCCUUCGCCUUCCUGCCCUACAUCACCUUCGGCACGGUGGACAAGUACCGCAAGCGAGCCAUGAUCAUCGUCUCCCUGCUGGUCUUCGUGGGGCUCUUUGCCUCCCUGGUGGUCUGGCUCUACGUCUACCCCAUCAACUGGCGCUGGGUGGAGUAUCUCACCUGCCUGCCCUUCACCAGCAAGUUCUGCGAGAAGUACGAGCUGGAGCAGGUCCUGCACUGA